AUGACGACCACAAUGGUAAUCACACAGCCACAGCCUGUGAUGUACUCUAGAGACUCUGAUCAAUGGGGUUCAGGCAUUUGUGACUUCUGCGACAAUUUGCCUGAAUGUUGCUUUGGUUACUGGUGUCACUGGUGCUUUGCCUGUAUGAAAACCAAGGAGUACGGUGAGUGUUUAUGUCUCCCUCUGCUGGACAUGUGUGGGAUCGUCCCACCUAUAACGCUGUCUAUGAGGGUCUCCAUGCGCAAUCGUUAUGGGAUAAAGGGCAAUAUCUGUGAUGACUGCCUGAUGGCCACAUGCUGCAGACUCUGCGUUUGGUGUCAGAUGUCACGAGAGAUGAGGGAGAGAGCUAAUCAAGUAACUCUGGUUGGUGCCAGAGUUGUUUAA